AUGGCACCGGCGCAGCAGCAGGAGGUACCUGGCACCGGGAAAAAGGUGGUGGAGCAAUCCCGGAUCUCCCCGGCGCCGGGCUCUGACGUGCCGGAGACCCUCCCGCUCACCUUCUUCGACUAUGUCUUCCUGCCGUUCCACCCGGUGCAGAGAGUCUUCUUCUACGACCUCCCUUGCUCUUUGUCCGAUUUUCUAAGGAGCCACCUCCCGCACCUUAAGCUCUCCCUCUCUCUCGCACUCCGCGACUUCCGUCCCCUCGCCGGCAGCUUGCGGCUCGGCUCGUCUGGGGGCAAGCCUGAAAUCCGCUGCAGCGGCAGUGACGCGGUGGCGUUCACUGUGGCGGAGAGCGGCGACGACUUCCACGACGUGUCCGGGAACCAUGCCAGGGAUUGCGCCCGGUUCUAUCCCCUGGUCCCGCCGCUGCCGCCCGGAACGGAAGGUGGACCAGUGUUGGCGCUUCAGGUUACAUUGUUCCCCAACGCCGGUGUGGCCCUUGGGAUCACCGUCUCACACGCCAUCGCCGACGGCAGCACAUCGGCGCACUUUCUGAAGACGUGGGCCGGGAUCUGCCGGCUGGGGACGGGAGGGAUGGCCCCCUGUCACGUGGCGGCGGCACCGCCGUCUUACGACAGGAGCGUCGUCCGGGAUCCAAAGGGCCUGGAGAGGACCUUCCUCCGCGACCUGAAGCUGAUGCAAGUCGACCGGCGACUGGAUGCGUUGGACCUCCACGGUCGGAACGACGUCGUCCUCGCGACGUUCGUCCUCAGCUGGGAGCAGCUGAAGAAAAUGGGCGAGAGGCUCUCAAGUAGGACGGGCAUGGAGUGUUCGCCCUACACCGUGGCGUCCGGGCUCAUCUGGUCCUGCCUGGUGAAGGCCAGGGGAGGCUCCGGCGGCAAAACGGAGUACUUCGGCUUCGUCACGGGGUGCAGGGCGCGGCUGGACCCCCCAUUGCCGGCCACGUACUUUGGGAACUGCCUGGGGAUAUGCCGGGUGGAGGCCGAGGGGAGGGACCUGGAGGGAGAGGACGGGGCGUACAUCGCUUCGAUGGCGAUCUGGAAGGUGAUCCGGGGUCUGGAAGGAGGAGGGGCCUUCCGAGGGGCCGAGGACUGGAUCCGCGACAUCCACUCGCUGGCCUCGACGGGGAUCCUCACGGUGGCGGGGUCGCCGAAGCUGGGGCUAUACCAAGUAGACUUCGGCUGGGGGCGGCCUCGCAAAAUCGAGGUCAUAUCCAUCGAGAGGACGAGUGCCAUGUCGAUCGCGGAGUGGGGGAAGGACGGAAGGGGGUUUGAGAUCGGCCUGGCGCUUCCCAGGGAACUCAUGCGUGGGUUCAGCGCCCUCCUCGCCGACCGUCUAAAGCUCUUCCGUUCGUCGUAG